AUGUCGGAAUAUGAGACCGAUCCUGGUUGGCAAUAUUUACGUCAGCAACAACAACAGAUUGUUGUGGCAACACCAAAAAAAUUUGAUUCUAAAAAGAAUGUUUGGGUGCCCGACGGAGAAGAAUGUUUCAUCGCUGCUGAGAUUGAAUCAACAAAGGGCGAUUUUGUUACUCUUAUCACUUCUAAAGGAGUUAAGAAGACUUUGAAAAAAGACGAAAUGCAAAAAAUGAAUCCACCAAAGUAUGAGAAAACGGAAGAUAUGGCAAAUUUGACAUUCCUGAACGAUGCGUCUGUACUUCAUAAUUUACGUGAACGAUAUCUCUCUAUGAUGAUAUAUACCUAUUCAGGCCUGUUCUGUGUGGUUAUUAAUCCUUACAAGCGUUUGCCAAUCUAUACUGAAAGCAUUUGUAAAAUGUAUAUCGGAAAGCGGCGCACCCAAAUGCCGCCUCACCUGUUUGCUGUUUCUGAUGAAGCUUAUAGAAAUAUGAUCAAUGACCACAGAAAUCAGUCAAUGCUAAUCACCGGUGAAUCAGGAGCAGGAAAAACAGAAAAUACAAAAAAAGUUAUAGCCUAUCUUGCUGUCGUUGGAGCACCAAAUUCUUCUAUCAAAUCCGAGAAGAAUGGCAAGGAAAAAGUUUCUUCUAUUGAAGAUCAAAUUGUGCGCACUAAUCCGGUACUUGAAGCUUUCGGAAAUGCGAAAACUGUGCGGAACAACAAUUCAUCACGUUUUGGGAAGUUUAUCCGGAUUCACUUCAAUGCUGGCGGAAGACUUGCUGGAGCCGAUAUAGAACAUUAUCUGUUGGAGAAAUCUCGUGUGAUCAAACAAGCUCCGGGAGAACGAUGCUAUCAUAUCUUCUAUCAGAUUAUGUCUGGUCAAAUUGCAGGAUUAAAAGAAAAAUUAUUUUUAACACGUGAAAUAAGUGACUAUCACUUGAUUUCUCAAGCUGAGGUGACUAUCGAUGAUGUGGAUGAUAAGGAAGAAAUGCAAAUAACUGAUGAAUCAUUCGAUAUCAUGCAUUUUGUUGAACAAGAAAAGCAGGAUCUGUUUGCUUUGGUGGCAGGCAUUAUGCAUAUGGGUGAAAUUAAAUUCAAGCAGCGACAAAGGGAGGAACAAGCGGAAUGUGAGGAUUAUCAAGAAGGUGAUUUGGCUUGCAAGCUGUGGAUGGUUGACACGAACAAUUUCAUAUCUUCAUUAUUAAAGCCUCGUGUUAAAGUUGGACUGGAAUGGGUGAAAAAAGGCCAGAAUCUUGAACAGGUGAACUGGGCUGUGGGAGCACUAGCGAAAGCAAUCUAUGCCCGAAUGUUCGCAUGGCUAAUUAAAAGAUGUAACAAAACGUUGGACGCACAGGAUCGUAGUCGCGAUUACUUCAUUGGAGUGCUCGAUAUUGCUGGAUUCGAAAUUUUCGAUUUUAACUCAUUUGAGCAAUUAUGGAUUAAUUUUGUAAAUGAGAAAUUACAACAAUUCUUCAAUCAUCAUAUGUUCGUUCUGGAGCAGCAGGAAUAUCAACGUGAAGGAAUUCAUUGGGAAUUUAUUGAUUUUGGUUUAGAUCUUCAAGCAUGUAUCGAACUCAUUGAAAAGCCACUUGGUAUAAUUUCAAUGCUGGAUGAAGAAUGUAUUGUGCCAAAGGCAUCUGAUUUUACGCUGGCUCAAAAACUCAAUGAUCAACAUUUCGGAAAACAUCCCAACUUUCAGAAGCCUAAGCCACCGAAAGCAAAACAGGCUGAUGCACAUUUGGCCAUAGUACAUUACGCGGGUACGGUACGUUAUAAUGUUACCGAUUGGCUAGAAAAGAACAAGGAUCCGCUUAAUGAUACAGCAGUCAGCGUUUUGAAAGCAAAUACUGGAAUGGUUUUGAUGACACAAAUCUGGGAAGAUUACAAAACACAAGAGGAUAUAGCAAACCUGACAAAAGAUGGUAAAACAAGCAAAAAGAAAGGCAAAUCAGCUUCAUUUAUGACAGUUUCAAUGAUGUAUCGAGAAUCGCUAAACAAUCUGAUGACUAUGCUUCACAAAACUUAUCCACAUUUCAUCCGUUGUAUCAUACCGAAUGAGAAGAAGCAAUCAGGCGUAAUUGAAGCUUCACUAGUACUCAAUCAGCUCACUUGUAAUGGUGUACUUGAGGGCAUUCGAAUUUGCCGUAAAGGUUUUCCAAAUCGUACUUUACACGCUGAAUUUAAGCAAAGAUACGCUAUCUUGGCUACUGAAGAUGCAUCUUCUGAAACCGAUCUCAACCAAUGUGUUAUAAAAAUGUGCGCAAAACUGGAAAAAAUUGGGAUUUUGAAAUGUGAAGAUUACUGCAUUGGAAAUACUAAGGUGUUUUUCAAAGCUGGCAUCUUUGCUCAACUUGAAAAGCUUCGAGAUGAUGCUUUAUCAAUCAUAAUAACCAAAUUUCAAAACAUGUGCAGACAUUAUCAAGUUCAGUGUGAUCUUCGUUGUAGAAUGCAAAAGAAAGCUGGUAUCUUAUUGCUGCAACGCAAUAUUCGCGCAUGGUGCACAUUGCGUAACUGGAAUUGGUUUAAGCUGUAUGGUCGUGUUAAACCAUUGAUCAAAGGAAGUAAAAAGGAUGAAAUAUUUGAGGCAUUGCAAAAGAGAGUGAAGGAAUUAGAAGAGAAUUUUAAUCGUGAAGAGAAACUGCGUAAAGAUAGCGAAUCGGAAGUAGCCAAGUUAAUGACCGAGAAACAACAGCUUUUCCUACAGCUUGAACAGGAAAAGAGUGUGAAUGCAGAAAGAGAAGAGAGGGCUGCUAAACUUUUGGUUCAGAAAAUUGAUGUCGAGAAACAGUUUGCUUAUGCAAGCGAACAGCUUGCUAAACAGGAAGACAGAAAUGUAACUUUAUCGAAAAUGAAGAGUAAGAUAGAACAUGAUAAUGAAACUCUGAAACGUACAAUCGCUGAACUAGAAGCGACUUGCAAAAAGCUUGAUCAAGACAAGCAAGUCAAAGAUCAUCAGUUUCGAUCCUUGCAGGAUGAAAUAAGAUCACAAGAUGAAAUAAUUGUAAAAAUCAACAAAGAAAAAAAGCAACAAGAAGAGACAAAUCGCAAACUUUUGGAAGAAAUUCAAACUGAAGAAGAUAGAGUGAACCAUCUGAACAAGGUGCGGAAUAAACUGGAGCAAACAUUGGAUGAGAUUGAAGAUAAUUUGGAACGAGAACGACGUAUACGUCAAGACAUUGAAAAAUCAAAACGUAAAGUUGAAGGAGAAUUGAAAAUUGCGCAAGAAAACUUUGACGAGUUCAUGAAACAAAAACAUGAAAUGGAAAAAGCACAAAAGAAGAAAGACAGUGAAAUAGCUUCAAUGCUGAAUCGUAUAGACGAUGAACAAUCACUCGUAAGUAAAAUACAGCGUCAAUUGAAAGAACAAAUAGCGCGUUACCACGAACUUGAGGAAGAGCUUCAAGCCGAAAGACAAGCAAGACUAAAGAUCGAGAGAAGUCGUAGUGAAAUGCAAAAGGAACUCGAAGAGCUUAGCGAUCGUCUUGAUGAAACAGGUGGUGCAACGCAGGUGCAAAUUGAAUUAAACAAAAAACGUGAAGCAGAAUUGGCUAAACUUCGUCGAGAUUUGGAAGAAGUAUCACUGAACGCUGAAACAGCUCUUGCUAAUUUACGUAAAAAACACAAUGAUGCAGUGGUGGAACUUUCCGAACAGCUGGAUUCUGUCCAGAAGGGGCGAAUCAGAAUAGAAAAAGAAAAAGGCUCUCUACAACAAGAAAUUGAUGAUUUGCGGAAUCAAUGUGAUUUGGAAGCCAAACAACGCCAAAAUAUGGACAAACUCACUAAGCAGUUGGAAGCGCAAGUAACAGACACUCAAUUGAAAGUCGAUGAACAAACACGAAAUCUGCAAGAAGUUAUUGCGACCAAAGAUAAGUUGCAGAUUGAAGUCAGCGAUAUGAACAAACAACUAGAAGACUAUGAAAAUCAGAUAGCAUUUCUGAAUCGCAUCAAACAGCAACUAACCAUGCAGUUAGAAGAAAUGAAGCGACAACUGGAGCAAGAGUCUCGUGAAAAGCAUUCACUUAAUUCACAGCUUUCAAACUUGGAACUUGAAUGUCAGCAGCUUCGCAAUAUGAUGGAUGAAGAAUUGGAUAGUAAAACAGAGCUUCAAAGACUAGUCUCAAAGGCUAAUGCUGAAGCACAACAAUGGAGAGCUCGAUAUGAAGGUGAAGGAAUGAGUCGAUCGGAGGAACUGGAAGAAACUAGGCGGAAAUUGCAAGCGAAAGUGCAGGAAAUGCAAGAAGCACUAGAUGUAGCAAAUAAUCGCAUUAAUUCGUUGGAAAAAGCUCGCCUGCGGUUGACUCAAGAACUUGAAGACGCGCAGAUGGACGCCGACAAGGCGAACAGUUUUGCAAAUUCUUUGGAUAAGAAACAAAAGGCAUUCGACAAAACAAUUGAAGAGUGGAAACGGAAAUGUGAUAUGCUAACACAGGAACUGGAAGCAAGUCAGCGAGAGACGAGGACAGGAGCCACCGAAGCAUUUAGACUUCGCAGUACUCUUGAAGAAACCGGAGAGCAGUUAGAAGUACUGCGACGAGAGAACAAACUUUUAACGGAAGAAUUGAAGGGUGUUAUGGAUCAGCUUGGCGAAGGAGGAAAAAGUUUGCAUGAAUUACAGAAACAGAAAAGAAAAUUAGAAAUGGAAAAAAAUGAACUUCAGCAAGCAUUGGAUGAUGCUGAAAGCGCGUUGCAAACCGAAGAGAAUAAAGUUUUGCGGGCACAAAUUGAGAUUUCACAAAUUCGAUCAGAAAUUGAAAAACGUGUAACCGAGAAGGAGGAAGAAUUCCAAAAUACACGAAACAAUCAUCAGCGAGCUUUGGAGAGUAUGCAGGCUUCCCUGGAGGCAGAAACAAGAGGCAGAGCUGAUUUGCUUCGUAUGAAAAAGAAAUUGGAGUCAGAUAUUAGUGAACUAGAAGUAGCUCUGGAUCAUGCUAAUCGUGCCAAUAUGGAUAUCCAGAAAACCAUUAAACGUUACCAGGACAAUGCACGUGAGUUGCAGACUCAAAUCGAAGAUGAACAACGCCAACGUGAUGAGCUGCGUGAACAAAUGAACGUUAUGGAAAGACGUAUACAAGCAAUACAAUCAGAAAAAGAAGAACUAACCGGAACUCUGGAGCAGACGGAACGAAUUCGCCAUCAAUUAGAACAAGAAGCCGCGGAUAUGAAGGAAACAGUGAAUUCUUUAACUCAAAAUAAUUACUCACUAUCAUCUACGAAACGAAAGCUGGAAUCUGAAAUUCAGCAGCUCAAUAGCGAGCUUAGUGAAACGUUUAAUGAAUUGAAAAGUACCGAUGAGAGAUGCAAAAAAGCGGUGAUGGAUGCAGCAAAACUGGCGGAGGAGUUACAAAUAGAGCAGGAACAUUCACAGAAUCUUGACCGACAACGGAAAGGAUUGGAAUUGCAAACGAAGGAAAUGCAGGCUCGUUUGGAUGAGGUGGAAGCAACAGCGCUGAAAGGUGGAAAACGUAUGUUAACUAAACUGGAUCAACGUGUACAUGAUCUUGAGGUAGAACUAGCGGAUGAAUGUCGGCGUCAUGCCGAAACUCUCAAAAAUUAUCGUAACAGAGAACGAAAAGUGCGCGAACUUCAAUUCCAAGUGGAUGAAGACAAAAAGAAUUGCGAACGGAUGUAUGAUCUUAUCGAAAAGAUGCAAGCAAAAAUCAAAACUUACAAACGGCAGUUGGAAGAAGCGGAACAAUUAGCCACUCAAAAUCUUAGCAAAUAUCGGCAAAUGCAACACAUGCUUGAAGAUGCUGAAGAACGUGCUGAUAUUGCAGAAAAUUCAUUAGUCAAAAUUCGAGCCAAGAAUCGUUCUAAAGUUCAGCCUGUUGGAGGGCGCAUCGCGUAUUCUGUAUUAUUUUAUUGA